GUGGCGGAGGCUGGAGCUUGGCGUCGGGAUGCAGCGCCCCGGGCCCUUCAGCACCCUCUACGGGCGGGUCCUGGCCCCGCUGCCCGGGCGGGCCGGGGGCGCGGCCUCUGGCGGAGGCGGGAACAGCUGGGGCGUCCUGGGUUCCCACGUGCAGCCUCCCGGGCGCGCGCAGUCCGGCACCCGCGCCGGCGUCGGUAGCACAGGUACCUACGGCGGGGACGCCAACAGCGCCUGCCCGGCCCCCUCCGCGAUGUCCAAGGCCGAGGAGGCCAAGAAGCUGGCGGGACGCGCGGCCGUGGAGAACCACGUGAGGAAUAACCAAGUGCUAGGAAUUGGAAGUGGCUCUACAAUUGUUCAUGCUGUGCAGCGAAUAGCUGAAAGAGUGAAACAAGAGAAUCUGAACCUUGUCUGCAUUCCCACCUCCUUCCAGGCCCGUCAGCUCAUCUUGCAGUAUGGCUUAACUCUCAGUGACCUGGACCGACACCCAGAGAUUGACCUUGCCAUUGAUGGUGCUGAUGAAGUAGAUGCUGAUCUCAAUCUCAUCAAGGGCGGUGGAGGCUGCCUGACCCAGGAGAAAAUUGUGGCUGGCUAUGCCAGUCGCUUCAUUGUGAUCGCCGACUUCAGGAAAGAUUCAAAGAACCUCGGGGAUCAGUGGCACAAGGGAAUCCCCAUUGAGGUCAUCCCAAUGGCCUAUGUCCCAGUGAGCCGAGCUGUGACUCAGAAGUUUGGGGGCGUGAUUGAACUUCGAAUGGCCGUCAACAAGGCAGGUCCUGUGGUGACGGAUAAUGGGAAUUUUAUCCUGGACUGGAAGUUUGAUCGGGUGCACAAAUGGAGUGAAGUGAACACAGCUAUCAAAAUGAUCCCAGGCGUGGUGGACACAGGCCUUUUCAUUAACAUGGCUGAGAGAGUCUACUUUGGGAUGCAGGACGGCUCUGUGAACAUGAGGGAGAAGCCUUUCUAUUGACCCUGCAGGAGCGGAAUGUGUUCAUUGAGCCCCCAGCCCUCAGCUGAGGUGGACAUGCCUCUCCAGGAGCCUUUGCCUUAACGCAGCUAGCUGUGCCAGGCAGAUAGCUGGCAGGGUGGGGGUUGGGGCGAUUAACUCCAGCCUUCUGAAGUAUUGUUAUUUAAUGUCUUUUUAAAAAGAGAAAUAUAAACAUAUAUAUUUUUACUAUUAAAAAUACUCAGUUU